GCUGUAGAGCAUAGUCGAACACAGAAUCUGGUUCAUGGCUGCCAACUUUCGAAUGGUGCUGUAGGGCUGUUUCAUUUUAUAUAUGUGGUAUUGCACUAUGAUACCGUAGAAUCAUGCACAUGUUUCGUUACUUUCGUUGACUUUCGUUUCGUUCGUUUGACCGAUCCGUUCGCUUUGUGUGCUGUUUUGUGAAAACGUUUUGUGAAAGGCACGAUGUACAUUUGCAAGCAUUGCAACAAACAAAUUCUUUUGUUUGACGAUAUUUCAUCCCAUGAUUGCUUUUUGGGGAAGAAUGUGUUUAUGGAGGAAGAUAAUAAUAUUUUAUUUUGUCAAGAGGAUGAACAAAUGUCUUGUCUACAAAGCAUGGAAAACGAUAAUGAAGAUACAACGCAACUUUCGAAUUCAACAAGUAUCCUAUCAACAAGUAAAGAACAAAUGUCUUGUCUACAAAGCAUGGAAAACGAUAAUGAAGAUGCAACGCAACUUUCGAAUACAACAAGUAUCCUAUCAACAAGUAAAGAACAUGCCAUUUGGGAUAGAAAAGCAACAUUGGCGGCUAUAAGCCUCUAUGAGGCAAAUAUAGAACUGAUGGAUCACCCGAAAAAAAAAGGAAAAAUAUGGGAGGCAAUAAGAAUUGGACUGUUGGAAUUUGGAAUAAAGAUGACGAACGAUCAAAUACGAUGGAAAAUCAAUGCGUUAAUAAAAAAAUACAAAGAAGUGGUGGAUAAUAAUUCAUUAUCGGGAAGGGCUCCUAUGGAUUUCGAGUGGUAUGAGCAGAUGGAUGAAAUUCUCGGAUCGCGACAGCGUGCCAUUGCUGGACAAACUGUAUCAUCAAAAUUAACAUCAAAAACAUCAAAAACAUCAAAUCCUUGUACGUCAAUUUCUCAAAAGAAAUCUUCGUGUGGGUCUUCUCCGGUUGCGACCAGUUCAUCGAUAGUAACCUUACCCAAGAGUACCUCAUCGAAGAGUACCGGCAGUACCGUAGACUCAAGUGUUACUGACGUGAAAAAGCGUAAGCGUCCGUGUCAUGGAACGGGUUCUAAAACUGCAGCAACCAAGGUCGAACUCGAAAAACAGUGGCUGCAUCAUUUACAAAAAAAAGAAGAGCGUGAUCAUAUCAAAGAUCAAAGAUAUGCAACUCUUACCGAGACUAAAAAAGAUGCCUUAAAGUUAAAAAAAAAAGACAGCUUGAUUUGAAAGAGGCUGAACUGGAACAGCGAAAAGAGAUUGCAACGAAGAAGACAAAAGAAAAGAAAAACCGUCACUCAGAACUCAUGGAAAUCGAAACAUUAAAAUGUAAAUUACUAAAAAAAUUGGUAGAAGACAAAGAGAAUCAGAAUCUUCGUGAAACAUGCGAUUCCGACUAAAGUCCGAUUCUGAUUAGAGCAGCGUUAAGUCUUAACUUAAGUGUUAUUUUUUUUUAGUGCGUUACAAUACAAAUAAUAUAUUAUUAUAAGCCAAAGAUUAGAGGGUAUUUUCU